AUGCACAAAGGUGAGCAAAAAGAUCUGCAAAUAAAAGUUUUUGAAGCCAAGUUUCGGCCAUGCAUAGGUAGGUACCAAUACGCACAAUCAAUUGUUAUGCACUUACACCAAAUUUAUCGAUAUGUCAAACCCGAGCAUAAAAUGUUAAAUAUGGCCGAAGACGUAAUUUCCAUAUUAGAAAAUUGUGAAAAUCUUCAAUAUUUAUAUAUUUUAGGUUGUAAAGAAGUUAAAUUAUUACCAAUAACGACUGCCAUGAAAAAUUGGUACCAAGAAGCUGAGGUUUGUGAAAAAAAGAGAAAAUUACAAAAAUUAAAAAAAAUAGUGAUGACGAGAUGUAUUGGUGGGAAAAGGCAUUCAUUAUUGAUAAAAAAAGUUUUAGAGGAUAUACAACUUUUAAAAUAUCACCAGCAACAACACGAAGAAUUCU